AUGCGGUUGGCUCUUAUGAAUGCUGUCUCGCAACCGCCAAUCAUUUUAUUCCAAUCUGUCAAGGUCAAGAUUUAUGAAGGGAAGGUUGUAGUUCAGAAUGUAAUAGAUUGUAGUAAAAUCAUGAUCAAUCCUGAUAUUCCAGAGGCUGUAUGCUUUAUUACUAGAUUGGAUCCUUUGGAGUCAUACUUCAUUGACUCUAUCAUUCUUGGUAAUGGAUUUAUUGUUGCUGAUGUCGAUGAUGAUUUUGUCAAUCUCUCUAUGAAUAGGAGUAUUAAGGAAUUAAGAGAAAAUGAUGCGGAUGGUUUCUUCAAUGUUGUUGCUAAGAUUAAAAGUAUAUGCAACAAUUUUGAUUGGUGGUACUACUCAUGUCCUCAUGAUGAAAUAUCAUCUCUUGGUAGUAGAAUCUCAGUUACUUCUGACAACAUGAAAUCUAUUGAAGUUAAUAUGGAGGCUUUGGGUGCUGCGUAUAACCUUACAAAGCUAAAUGAAGAAUUUUACUUGGAUGCAUCCGAUUUUUUGUACAAAUUGAUAGGAAAAAAAUUGGUAUUCAUGGUUGAUCAUCAGCCCGUUGAGAGUGACACAAUAUGCCCUGCGUAUAAUGUUUUUAAAGUUUCUACACAUGAGUUUAUCUUAAAGCUGAUUGAAAGUGUUGAGAAUCGUGUUUUGAAUGCGUGUGCUAUUAUUUCGGCUUCAAAUAUGGCUUCUAUUGAAGACCAUGUUUCACAUAUUUCUGGUUCAAUAUUAUCUGCUCACAAAUAUGUUCAUGUGGUGAAUGAAAUUAUUUGCAACAAGAGAUUGGCAUCCCCAUACCGUGAUGUACCAAGAUCUACAAAGUAA